AUGGCGGCUGCGGCGGUGGCGGCGGCGGCGGCGGCGGCCGCGGCUGCAUCCCUUCAGGUGCUGGAGAUGGAGAGCAUGGAAACGGCCGCCGCCGGCUCGGCCGGGCUGGCCGCCGAAGUCCGAGGCAGCGGCACGGUGGACUUCGGGCCCGGGCCUGGGAUCUCUGCAAUGGAGGCGAGCGGGGGCGAUCCGGGCCCAGAGGCCGAGGAUUUCGAGUGCAGCUCUCACUGCUCGGAGCUGUCCUGGCGGCAGAACGAGCAGCGGCGCCAGGGCCUCUUCUGCGACAUUACCCUGUGUUUCGGCGGGGCGGGAGGCCGUGAGUUCCGGGCCCACCGCUCGGUGUUGGCCGCUGCCACCGAGUACUUCACGCCCCUGCUCUCGGGCCAGUUUUCCGAGUCUCGCUCGGGCCGGGUGGAGAUGCGCAAGUGGAGCUCCGAGCCGGGGCCCGAGCCCGACACGGUGGAAGCCGUUAUCGAGUACAUGUACACCGGGCGCAUCCGCGUCAGCACGGGCAGCGUGCACGAGGUGCUGGAGCUGGCCGACAGGUUCCUGUUAAUUCGUUUAAAAGAAUUUUGUGGAGAAUUUCUCAAGAAAAAGCUUCAUCUCUCAAAUUGUGUGGCCAUUCAUAGCUUAGCUCACAUGUACACCCUGAGCCAACUUGCUCUGAAAGCUGCUGAUAUGAUACGGAGGAAUUUUCACAAAGUAAUUCAGGAUGAAGAAUUUUAUACUUUACCUUUCCAUCUCAUUCGAGACUGGCUUUCAGACUUGGAAAUUACGGUUGAUUCUGAAGAGGUUCUCUUUGAAACUGUUUUGAAGUGGGUUCAGAGAAAUGCUGAAGAGAGAGAGAGAUACUUUGAAGAACUUUUUAAAUUGCUCAGGUUGUCCCAGAUGAAACCUACCUACCUUACUCGGCAUGUCAAGCCAGAGAGGCUGGUGGCUAAUAAUGAAGUCUGUGUCAAGUUAGUGGCCGAUGCUGUGGAGAGGCAUGCUCUGAGAGCUGAGAAUAUACAGUCUGGUACUCUUCAGCAUCCUGCUUCUCAUGUCUCGUUAUUACCUCGCUAUGGGCAAAACAUGGACGUGAUCAUGGUUAUUGGAGGCGUUUCAGAAGGAGGGGACUAUUUAAGUGAAUGUGUGGGAUAUUUUGUUGAUGAGGACAGAUGGGUAAACCUGCCCCAUAUUCAUAAUCACCUUGAUGGACAUGCUGUUGCAGUAACAGAAUCCUACGUAUAUGUUGCUGGGUCAAUGGAACCAGGGUUUGCUAAAACUGUAGAAAAGUAUAACCCAAAUUUGAAUACUUGGGAACAUGUUUGUAGUCUGAUGACAAGAAAGCAUUCUUUUGGGCUAACAGAAGUCAAAGGGAAGCUCUAUAGCAUUGGAGGACAUGGUAACUUUAGUCCUGGCUUUAAAGAUGUGACUGUUUAUAAUCCCGAGCUUGAUAAAUGGCACAACUUGGAAUCAGCACCAAAGAUUCUUCGAGAUGUUAAAGCACUAGCCAUCGAAGACCGGUUUCUGUACAUUGCUGCCCGCACUCCUGUGGACCGGGACACUGAAGAUGGAUUAAAGGCUGUCAUUACUUGCUAUGAUACAGAGACUCGACAGUGGCAAGAUGUGGAAUCUUUGCCUCUUAUUGACAAUUAUUGCUUUUUCCAAAUGUCUGUGGUCAAUUCAAACUUUUAUCAGACAGCGUCAUGCUGCCCUAAGACUUAUACUUUAGAAAAUGAAGAGGCAGUAAGAAAAAUUGCCAGCCAAGUGUCUGAUGAGAUCCUUGAAAGCUUGCCUCCAGAAGUCCUAAGCAUUGAAGGAGCCGCCAUUUGCUAUUACAAAGAUGACGUCUUCAUUAUUGGAGGCUGGAAAAACAGUGAUGACAUUGACAAACAGUAUCGGAAAGAAGCCUACCGAUAUUGUGCUGAGAGAAAGAGGUGGAUGCUUCUUCCUCCCAUGCCACAGCCUCGUUGUAGAGCCACUGCUUGUCACGUGAGGAUCCCAUACCGGUACUUGCAUGGCACACAGAGAUAUCCUAUGCCUCAAAACCUAAUGUGGCAGAAAGACCGCAUCAGACAGAUGCAAGAAAUACAUCGGCAUGCACUAAACAUGCGGCGAGUGCCAAGCUCUCAGAUUGAAUGCUAGGUUCUCUGAUAACGUGUAGCUUAAACUGUUAUAUGUGUUACGUGAAGCUGAAGGUAACCGGACUGUUACUUGGAAAAGUAUGUCGAUAACUUAUAUUCUACCUGAACUGAUUAUUUCCCCAUAUAAGGGAAGUGUAGUUAAAAACUGAAGAAUGGGAAGCUCAGUUCAA